UAUCAGGACACAUAAGCUUCGAAGAAACCAGCUUUCAACACUUUUGUCUUGUUUCUUAUUUAUACCUUAAUCUAAUUCACACACAAGCAAGAAAAAAAAAACAAGAAGAAAAUCAAGCAACCCACAAAAAAAAAAAAACAAUGGUGAUCUUAACACCAUCAUCUUCUUCAACACCAAAAACAUCUUUUGAUUUCACUAAGAACACCAACAAUCACAGUCUCAGUGUCCCUGUCCCGUCUUCUUCUUCUUCUUCUUCUUCUCCUUUUUCUUACUUGAGAAGCAAGGAAGAAGCUGUUAUCACAACCAAGAAGCUCAUAGAACCCUGCGAACCCCUAAACAUGAGAAAAGAAGAUCAAGAGCUUGGCCAUAAGACGAACAAAGUGAAGAAAGCUCCGGAAGAUCCAGAGAUUGGUGUGUUUGGAGCUGAGAAGUACUUCAACGGAGACAUGGAUUCAGACCAGAGUUCUAGUGUUCUGUCUCUGACUAACCCAGAAGUUGAGAGAUUCGUUGUUGAAUCGAAGCAGAGCGAGAAGAGGUCUACUGGAACUCCGAGUGUCCGCUCUGACUCAAGCUGGAAUAGUCAGAGCAUAUUGCUUCAGAACAAAUUGGUUAAUAGCUGCAACAGUUCCUUGCAGGAGAAGAAACACAAUAGUGAUCAGAUUCCAAAGGUGAACAACAGUAAGAAGAGUUUUAUCUCGAACCUAAGGUGUAAAUGCGUGUGUUCUGAUGGGAACUCAGUCGAUGUCGAUGAUAAGAUCUCAGUUAAGAUUCAAAAGCAAGAAGAGUUGGUGCAGAGGAAGUCUCCUGAAGUGUUUGGUUCCCCUCUAAAUAUUGAUAAGAGGGUUUUUGUUCAGAAGAAGCUCACAGUUCCUCAAUGGGAAUCAAGAAUAGAGGAAGAAGACACAAAGAGUAAUUCAAGCUCGGAUCUUUUCGAGAUAGAAAAUCUUACACGGAAACCAAAACCUAUUCUUGGAAGGCAAGGAAGCGAUCCGGCUUCACCUACAUGUUAUGCUCCAAGUGAAGUUAGCAUAGAGUGGAGCAUAGUGACAGCAAGUGCAGCUGAUUUCUCAGUUAUGUCAGAAUGUGCAACAAGCCCUGUAAGAAGAAACCGAUCUUCACAGAUUCCUCAGAUCCCUACUAAUAGUUACAUCGAUAAAAACGCACCGCAGAGGCAGAAAUCAAGUAGCAGCGGAAGGGGUGGUUUCUUGAGCUGCAAGAGUCAUAAAUCUGUUAUGGUUUCUAGUGAUUCAGACAAAAGAAGUAGCAUGAACAAGACGUCCAUGAGUUAUGUUCCGAGAUUCCCAAUGGAGACUACUUAAACUAAGAGUUUUGAAACGCGAAGAAGGAUCAGCAGCAGCUCCAUUGCUCAUACACCAUCAUCUCUUCUGUACAGUCAGUAUUGAUUGCACAGUAAGUAAAACAAAAAAAGAUUUCAAUCUAUGACUUCUUCUUAUCUGUAAUGGCUAUUGAGUGAGAGAAGAUUUGUAAUUUUUUUUAUAUAAUGUCUUAUUGAUUUCUU